AUCUUGCGGUGUUAUACUGUUUAAAGGUAAUCGAGGGCAUUUAAAGUUAUAACUUAAUAUGGUCGAUUUCAGCGCAGGUAUUGCAAUUUGACUAGCGCUUCAGUUAUUUUAUGUCUUUAACGUGAUCGAAUACUCUACGUUUCAAACGGAACUUCUCACUAUUACUGGUUGUCUCACGUGAUGACAGUUGCAUAGAUGCGUAUGGAUGAAUAAGGAACAGCGUUGGUUACAGUACUGGCAUUACUAUCAAUACAUUUUGGAACAGACUCUAUACACUCAUUCCCGCACGAUUAAACGAAAUGUUGAGGUUAUGAUGAAUCACUACGUUAUAAUACAGUAAUUUCUAUAAUAUAGAUACUUUAAAAUGAAAUACAACUUAACUGGAUGUCAUCAUUACCUAAAAGGAUUUUAGUGAAGAAAUUUUCUUCAACAAUACCAAGAUGAAUGACAGAUUGAGCAACAAUCACUUUAUCCUUUAUUAUCUAUACAAAAAUACAUUUGUAUAAUGGGAACAGGAAAAGACACUGUAAAGACAAAACGAAAUCUGUCUACAAUGCUGAGGUCACAACUACCAAAAGAUUUUGGCACAUCCCAUUGUACAAGAUUUUUGAAACGACCGAGAGAACUUGAUGUCCAGGUGGAGAAAGUAAUUUCUGAAUUGUUUAAUAAGCGAUUCUCAAUUGUCAACAAUGGCCAGUUUACAAUACCUAAACCGGAAUACAUGUUUAUGGAAAAACCUUGGAAAACUGAGGCAUUACAACAAUUAAAAGAAGAAUUGAAUGAAACAAAAAGUCGAUUGAAUGAUUACAAUCUAUUGGAAUGGCAUCGGCACACUGGCCAGAGAAAUCAAGCUGGAGAUGUCCAUUGGAAACUACGUAUGCAUAUUGAUCCUGAGUUUUUGACUCAAGCUUGGUGUAAAUUCUAUGAGAACGUCUCAUCCUUUCCUUUGGUACCAGAGCAGGCAAUAGCAGAUAGAAAAUUCACAUCUGUGCAUUUGUGCGAAGCGCCAGGUGCCUUUGUGACAUCAUUAAAUCAUUGGUUAAAGAGUAACCAACCUGCAGUGGAAUGGGACUGGAUAGCCACAACAUUGAAUCCUUACUAUGAAGGGAAUCCUCUAUCUCGUAUGAUUACUGAUGAUCGAUUCAUUCUCCACACUUUGGACCACUGGUGCUUUGGAGCAGAUAACACGGGUAACUUAAUGGACAUCAAUAAUUUGGAUAAUCUAGUAGAAAUGACAAAGAGUAAAGAUAAAAUAAUGCUGGUGACAGCCGACGGUAGUAUAGACUGUCUGGACACACCUGGAGAACAAGAAACAGUAGUGUCACAUCUUCACUAUUGCGAAACCGUCGCAGCCAUUCACAUUCUCCAGAAAGGUGGUAGCUUUCUCUUAAAAAUAUUCACAAUAUUUGAACACACCUCAGUCUGUCUGACCUAUCUGCUCUGCUGUCUAUUUGAUAGAGUAUUCAUAAAUAAACCAGUUACAAGCAAAGAAGGCAAUUCCGAAGUGUAUAUGAUAUGUCUGGGUUUCAAGGGACCAGAGUAUGCCGCACCCUACCUAAACAUUCUUCGAAAGCAUUAUACAUUUAAAUCAGACAUGGCUAUGUUCAGAAGAAAUGACAUCCCAGACACUAUUAUAAAACAAAUAUUUGAGUGUGGUAAAUUUUUCAUGGAUCAUCAGUGCAAAGUCAUUUCCAAUAAUAUAAGCUCAUUUAAUUCCAGUGUCAAUGACACUAAACCAGACUUCACAUUAAGACAUAUAAGGCGUGCUGUGGCAUUACAUUUUCUUCAAGAAUAUAACCUAAGAAAACUGGAUUCAGAGGAAGAGGAAAUAGUUGGAAAGACCAAAUUGGCGCGUACUAACUGUAUGAACUUCGACGCAAAGAAACAAUACUUUUCUUACAACGAACGUCUAAAGAGAAAAGAUUUAGAGCCAAAAAGUAGAUUAAUGGCGUUUGCAGAGGAUCUGCACUUCACAGAAGUGCCAAUAUCGUCACGCUGGAUUCAACGACCUGAGACACUCGGUGUAUUAUCUAUUCGCAUGGGAAAACCAUUUCGUAAAAUACAGAGCUCAAAAUACUGUGCUGGCGAGAUACUGAAAGUGCUUAAUGCAACAUUCGAGAUUGCUGAAACUUUGCAGUUGCAGUUGCGUCUUCCGACUGAGAAGAGUGUGCAAGAAUUUUGUGAAAAACCAAAUAACGAAUACAGUAAAAAUAUUUUGCAUUUCCAAUAUACGAAUACCGAAAAUGGUAUAAACGAUUUAGUUGCAAAAAUACGAGAGAAAGUGUUAAAAUUGCCAAAGGGAGAAAGUCUAGUGUUAAUAGGCUACUGUUUAUUAACGCAGUUUUAUGUGGGCCUUCUCUACGUAAUAUCCCAUAAUUUUGAAUACCUAGAGUUCAUGAUUGAUCCUAAAUUGGGAUGUGUGAUUAUAUUAAAAUCUAACUUGGCCAUGGACAAUGUCCUGGAAAAAUUGAAAGAGAUUAGCCUAGCCACAGAGACUGCCAAAGAUAAUGGCAACACUGUCUUGUCUGUGCUGCCUGUAACAGAAUUAUGCGGGGCGGCUCUGUAUCCCUACCUUAUGCAAAUUAAUCAUUGGCUUGUCAAGUAUUGCAUUGACUACGUUGCUGAAAUGGUCAAAGACAAUAUGGAUAAUUGAAACAGAAGAGAUACAGAUAUACAACGUAAAAAACUUUAUGCAAAAUGAAUGAACAUAUUGUAAAAUGACAUUAUUUAAUAACUUUAUUUUAAUAAUAUUGUAAAGAUCCCACGUGUUCUACAUAAAACAAUAUCACAUGAGCCAAAUGAUAAAAAUUAUUUUGUUCUUUAUAAAAUAAUAGAAAUCUACUAUCAUGAAAACUCGACAGAAUCAUCAAGAUAAGGUCGAAAUGGUUAAUGCAUUGAGCAUUGACCGAAUUACCGUAUAAGUCCAUAUAAA